CUGAAGAGAGCUCUUCCUCCUGGAUCACCAAAAUACCUCCAGAGCAUGCCAAAAGGUAAAACGCUCAUCCUCAAUCUUUUCCCCCAUGCCCUUCAAGGCACAAUACCACUUCGUGAGACAGGGAAAAAGAACACCGGGAGACUCCAACUUCCCCAGACUCCCGAGGACACUCUAGCGCUUUCAUUCAUCCUCCACGAAGUGCCCCGUACCGAUGGAGAUGCUGAGUCCAAAUUGAACCCUGUCAACUCCACGCGCCCAAGUAGUAUUUGAGAUGGGGGAAUAACUUAUAGCCACGCCCCUCGGCAUCUUUCUCCCGAGACCAUCUUGUGAAUCCCUCGACAUCUUUUGAUUUUUGUUUCGCUUCUCAGUCAAGUCUUGAUUUCCAAGUGACCGUCCCUCUCAUCGCCAGAUACACCACACAAUUAAGCACAUAUCACUAUGUCGACAGCAACCACCACAACAUCGACGACGACGACGACGUCGGCCGUCCAGCCCCAAAAGCAACAGCAAGAAAUCCUCCACCUCACCAGCACACCCGACAUCACCCCCUACGCCAAACAUGGCUAUCUCUUCGGCCAAAAGCUCGCCGCCUCCAUGUCCCCUCUCCUCCACUCCAUCGUCUACUCCCACCUCUCUCUCAACUGGGCCCAACUCCGUCUCGACUCCCCUUCCAUACCGCUCUUCCUCCAGCUCGCCCAGCACCCCGACUUCUACGGCGCCUCGGUGACCAUGCCUCACAAGGUAGCCAUCAUCCCGCACCUCGACCACCUCACGCCCGAAUGCCGUGACGUCGGCGCCUGCAACACCCUGUUCCUCAAGACCGACCCGGCCACGGGCCGCCGCCUGUUCUGCGGCGCCAACACCGACGUGAUCGGGGUGCGCGAGAGCUUCGUGCAGAACGUGUCUGAACCCGCCAAGGUGUACGAGAGCCGACCCGCGCUGGUGAUCGGCGGCGGCGGCGCGGCGCGGUCAGCCGUGUAUGCGCUGCACAAGUGGCUCGGCGCGACCGACAUCUACCUCGUGAAUCGGGACCAGAGCGAGGUGGACGCGGUGAUUGCCGAGUGCACGGAGCGCGGCUACGGCGAUCGGCUGGUGCAUGUGGCGAGCGUGGAGCAGGCUGAGCGGCUGGCAGGGCCGGGCGCGAUUGUCGCUUGCAUUCCGGAUUUCCCGCCCAAGACGGAGGAGGAGGUGUUGGCAAGGAGGAUCAUCGAGACAUUCUUGGGGAAGGAGGAGAAGGGCGCUAUGCUGGAGAUGUGCUAUAACCCGAGCCCUUUCACCGAGUUGGGAGCGUUGGCGGAGAAAGAGGGGUGGCAGGUUAUUUUGGGCACCGAGGCGUUGAUUUGGCAGGGGAUUGAACAGGACAAGUAUUGGACCGGUCGCACAAACGAGGAGCUUCCUAUUCAAGAGGUCAAGGAAGUCAUUGCUUCAAAAUUGGCGGAAGCUUCCAAAUCGCAAGCCAGUUGAGAUCGUAGGGUCCUUCAAAACAUGUAAAACAGCACUGGAAGAGAAACAGGAUCGUUGUACGACUCGUAGUGUGAUACCCGUUGUGAUAGAAAUGAAGUUUUUGUUAUAACGCUGCUAGCUCCACAAAAAGUCAUGUUUUAUGUCCAGUUAGAUAUCACGAUGUCGGAGCAAUGCAACCGUGGGCGGUCUUCUCAUUGAAAGCAAAGGCACCCGUUCGUUGCCCGGCAGCAAACAAAAAGGCUCAGUGUCGCUUUAUAAGACAAAUGUAGAUUUCCCCAUCCCCAC